CAAAACAAAAAGCAGAGUAGGAGUAGCAGUGCCCCCUCCGGCUUUCCCUUUUCACUCUUAACACUCACGCACGCCUCCCUCAACCUCCAAAACCUGCAAAUACAACUAACCAAGUGAAUUCUGAAGUCCCCCACAACCACCAACAUGUCUCUUCUCUUCUCAUCACUCGCGUUUCUCCUACUAAUCACCACUACCCCCUCAUCACCGGCGACGGCGACUCCCCUCCGCCACGGAUACUACUCCGCCACCUGCCCUCCGGCCGAAUUCAUCGUGAGGGAAGCCAUGAGGAAGUCACUCCUCUCCGACCCACGAAGCGCUGCCUCCGUUAUGCGCUUCCAAUUCCACGACUGCUUCGUCAAUGGAUGCGACGGUUCAAUGCUGCUGGAUGACACAGACACCAUGCUUGGCGAAAAGCUCUCCCUUUCCAACAUCGAUUCCCUCCGCUCAUACGACGUCGUCGACGAUAUCAAGGCCGAGCUCGAGGAAGCUUGCCCCGGCGUGGUCUCCUGCGCUGACAUCAUCGUCAUGGCUUCCCGCGACGCCGUUUCCCUGACGGGUGGGCCCAACUGGGAAGUGAAGCUGGGCCGGCUGGACAGCCUGACGGCGAGCCAGGCCGACGCCGACGCGAUCAUGCCCAGCCCACGGGCCAACGCCACGAUGCUGAUCGACCUCUUCGCCGGGUACAACCUCUCGGUGAAGGACCUGGUGGCCCUCUCGGGUUCCCACUCCAUCGGCAAAGGCCGGUGCUUUUCGAUCCAAUUCCGCCUCUACAACCAAUCCGGGCCCGGCCGACCCGACCCGGCAAUCGAGCCGCGGUUCAGGGAGAAGUUGAUGGAGCUGUGCCCGAUGGGAGGCGACGAGAGCGCCACCGUGGGGCUGGAUUCCACCCCCGCGGUGUUCGACAACGCCUACUUCAAGGAAUUGGUCGGCGGGAGAGGGUUCCUCAACUCCGAUCAAACGCUCUUCACAUAUCCGCUGACGAGGAAGUACGUGGAGGUGUUUGGCCGGGACGAGGAGGAGUUUUUCGGGGCCUUUGUUGAAGGGAUGGUGAAGAUGGGUGAUUUGCAGUCCGGGAGACCAGGGGAAGUGAGGAGGAAUUGCCGGGUCGCGAAUGGCGGCCGGCGGCCGGCAGAGGAGGAGCAUCUUCCGCCGGCGUUUGGACUGGCUAGAUGGAUUUAGCUAGCUCCAGCUGAUGGUGGAGUCGCCGGAUUUAAUUUUAUUUGUUGGCUAAGGCCGGUGAUCAUUGUAAAUGGAGGAAUAUAGCUUAUUAUUUCUGUUUUUUGUCUCGUUGUCUUGCUUUGUGCGGAUUUGCUGAGCCAGUGAUGGUCUUUUGGUUGGAAUCUGUCAAACCGUUUUUGGCUUUUGCAUUGAUUUUUUUUUCUUCCUUCUCUUCUGUGUUUGUUGUUGUUGCAAAUAGCUUCGUACAAUCGAACAUGAAUCAUAGAAAAGGGACUAAAUGAUGUUAUUAUUAGAG